CGAGGAAAAUAAAUUCACUUGCACAGGAGGGCUUGGGUUUAUAGUGUAGAACCCUACCCCGAUACAAAACUAUUAUCCCCCCGAAACCCAUAGCUUUUUCUGAUGGCCAUCAUCAAUCUAGGCGAUCACAUAGAGAAGGUUCUCUGGACCGAGGAACAAAUUUCCGACCGAGUGGCCGACCUCGCGUUGGAAAUCACCCGUGACUUCUCCGCCGCCGCUGCCCCCGUCGUCGUCGGUGUUGCCACCGGAGCACUUAUCUUUCUAGCGGACCUUGUCAGGAAAAUCCACCUCCCAAUCACGGUGGAUGUUAUUCGGGUCGACUCAUACGGUUCUGGUACAGUCUCCAGUGGCAAGCCGGGCAUUUCUUGCGAUUUGAAAUCUGAUGUUCAAGGAAAGCAUGUGGUUUUGGUCGAGGACAUAGUGGAUACGGGAAACACUCUAUCAUGCCUCAUUGAGCAUUUGAAGGCGAAAGGAGCAUCGUCUGUAUCUGUGUGUGCCCUUCUUGAUAAACCGUCAAGGCGGAAGGUCAAUUUUGAGGUGGUUGGGGAUGGCAAGUUUUACAGAGGUUUUCAGUGCCCGGAUUAUUUCAUAGUUGGAUAUGGUUUGGACUUUGCCGAGAUGUACAGGAACCUACCCUAUGUCGGGGUUUUGAAGCCUGAAAUGUACAACAAAUGAUGUGUCCGAAAUCUAGGAAGACAGUUCGUUUUUUUUUUGGAGAAUCUUAUACGGAGUACUAAACAGGCUAUGGUUUU